AUCCCAAUAUUGUGAUACUGGUUAAGUAUUGCAUGAAAUUGUCUUUUCAGGAGACUUGUUUCCAUGCAAUUGUAUGCAAAAAUGUAUACUUUAUAACCAUAUGUCAGCGUGGAAUAAAAAGGAUAUUGCGGCUGGUGGUUGCACAUGGGUGAUUCUUAUUGAAUUGUUAUUUUAAGUAAUACGUAGUUGACGAUCCUAAUAUGACUGUUAGUCUGUUACGAUGCAGAUGUUUUAAUCUUAUGGACAUUCUCUUCAUGCAAGUCCGGAAUUGUGUUGUUGACAGCAAAAUAUCAUGUUCUGUAUCAUCGCAUCUCUUUGAUAAUGACAUAUACUUUGAAUUCAAAUUGAAGUUUAUUUAUAUGCUAAUAAGCUUUUGAUAACGGCGGUAAAUAAAUUGAACAAUUGGUUUCCAUUCAGUGUAAAUGUUAUGUUUGAAAGCAUUCUCGUCAGAGGAUAGCGAUAAUACAUUGCUUGCGUAACUUACGUAUCAUGGCUCGUAUUAAAGAUAAAUUCGAUCGAAUUUCUCGGCUACUUUUGAUGUCAUGUUUAUUCAUCAGUUGUGGUUUCAUGCAAGUCGCUUUUGGUACAGUCGAUAGACUCGAUAGUGGUGCUGAAACAAAAGGCAGUUCCCAGGCUAUUGUGGCUCUCAGCGCCAUUGCAGCGGGAAUAGGACCGUGUUUCGUGCGGAUAAUUCAAAUACAUGCUAUUGUGACGAGGACUGUUUUAGGAUUUUCUCCGAUUGCUGCCCGGAUUACAAAAGACACUGUGGUUUGCAGGAUCGCGUGGCGACCGAACAAACCAAGUCGAUAUGGCAAUGCGUUGAAUUCAAGUGGUCUCCCGUCCAUCCUUGUAAAAUAGAGGGCGUGACAGGAGUGUGGAUGAUUAAGAAAUGUCCGGCAGAUGUAUCCUUCAACUCAUUGAGACCAAAGUGUGAGAAUGCUACAUCGGAUCUCUCGUAUCCCGUCGAGGACUUUCUUCCGGUGGUAGGUACGAAUUCCAUAACAUAUAGGAACAAGUACUGUGCUUUGUGCAAUGGUGUCAAGAAUUUUAUGAUGUGGGAUCUAGGGGUGUUUACCUACGUCAUUCCGCCGGAGGAAUUUGACUUUGAUUUAACGAUUAAAUUUAUCGUGAAAAACGGAGGAAGAAUUGAACGCGUUUCACCCCGGCCGGAGCAACCGCGUAGAUUUUGCUUGGGGAGGAAUUAUAUAGACGACUGUGCUUCCUCUAUCCGUGAUCAAAGAUUGUACAGGGGUUGUGUUGAUGGUCCUGUUGAACUUGUUACCGAUGCAGAAUCGCCGUAUACAUACUUUAAAAACCACGCAUGCGCCCUAUGCAAUGGGUAUCGUAAGGCCACGGAAUGGAAAACAGCUCAAGUUUGUAACCCUUUACUGCCUGAAGGCUUCUCCGUCGUGUAUAGCUCUAAGGAUGAAAAAGCAACAACGAAUAUAGUCAAAAAGUACUGUCCUUCCGGUACGGUUUACGAUGAAAAUUUACAGUUUUGUCGAAAGGGCUACAUCAUUUCAUCCAGUGGUGAACUUAGCAACGAGUAUUUGGUACUAUUGUGGUUUAAAUAUCGUAGAAAUCAAGCAACAAGUGCACAUUCUAGACUUGAAACUGUUUUAAAAUCUGCGUUGUCAUCUCACUUUUCACUUCGGGCUGAUCAAAUUUCAACAAUGACACUCAGUAAACAAACAGAGAGAAAUGACUUACUCGUUGCUACAUUUCGUAUUACACUGACUCCAUUUCAGACCCUUGUCAUGGCUAACCAAAACAGAACUAAGUUUAAUAUUUCCCACGAGAAUACUGAAUUCUUAAAACUAUUCAGCUUUUCGGAUAGUUUUACAAUGGAACAAGAAAAUAUCAGCUUCUCUGUGGUGAAAAUGAUUACAAAACAGCUUUCCUGCUAUGGAGAAGAAAAUUUUCAACCACAUGAGUACAAAAUUGACAAAAACAACGGAAUUGUUUUUAUUAAUAAAACAGGAAGGGAAUUCUCCCUCAGUGAAUAUACACUUAUUGAAAAGAACGAUGGAAAUAUUACAUUGUGUAGUAAAUUGAUCCUUUCAAACUGCAGCGAUGGAGCAUAUGUGCCACUCGACUCUUACGAGUAUGUGAUUUUUCCCAACUUGACAGUGUACCACAAUAAAACCAGAAGUACAUUCAAUUUUGGGGAGUACCUUAUUGACACAAACUCAGACAAAGAACAUGGAAGGAUCUCAGCUUUGUCUAAAAACUCUUCCAUAUCUGUUUGUUUGAAACUCAGGAAUACUUUUAAUGAAACUGAAACAAAACACAGCCGAACAACAUCAAGUCUUGGUUUACGAAUUUUAACAUUGAUUUGUUUCACAAUUUCUAUUAUCUGCCUCAGUCUACUCUUCAUAACUUAUGUAUUAUUCCGGGAAUUAAGAACAGUUCCGGGAAUGAAUUUGAUGAACUUAAGUGGCUCAAUGGUUGUGGGAGACCUGAUAUGGUUGAUAGGGACGACUCAUUUUGUCGGGACACUGGCGUGCGAAGCCUUGGCAAUAUUGGAACAGUAUUUCCUCCAAGUAUCGUUUGUAGCAAUGUCGGUGAUUUCCUUUCAUUCCUGGCGGGUUUUUUCACAACCCAUAAAAGGGAGGAUCGCCAACAAAUCGAAACGUAGAUUUGUCAUCUAUUCAAUAAUUGUGUGGUUCGCGCCCGCCAUAUUUGUGGCGAUAUGCGUAAUUUUGGAUAAAACUGAAACGUUUCAAGUGGAUUACGGAAUCGAUUGUUGGUUGGGGACUACAAAGGCUAAGCUGUUUUUAUUUUUACUGCCGCUUGCUUUAUCACUGCUCAUUAAUAUUUGCACAUUUAUACAAACAGCAAUUAGCUUAUCGCGUCAUCAGAAGAACAGACAAACUCUACACCGCAAGGAAAGUAAACAAGACCUCGUCAUUAGCGCAAAGCUUGCAACGAUGGUUGGAUUUCCCUGGCUGUUUUCGUUCUUUGGUAUAAUGUUUCCUAACGAAGAAGCAUUUGACUAUUUGUUUGUGAUCUUUGUGUGCCUUCAAGGACUGUACAUAGGAAUGGCAUUUGCUUUUAACAAGAAAACUCUAAAACUGUAUAAGGAUUGCCUGAGCUCUCACUCCGUGGGAAAAAGAUCUUCAUAUGCCACAACUACCUUUGAAAUGGCAAGAUCUACACAUUAGUCGCAACGUAAAUACCGUAAUUAUUGUGAACAUUUCUGCAAAGUUCGCUAAGAAAAACACAAAAUCGGUUUUUGUUGUAUUGUGA